AUAUUGUGGUGUGGUUGAACAGCUGUUUGCUGAUAUAAAAUUGUGAAAUUAGGGCUUUAUUUGUUCUUCUUUGUAAGAAAAUACGUGAUUUUCUGGACGAGUAUUGUGAAAUUGCAUUCGUCUUGGUGCAAAGAAAUACGCAGCAGUUUUAUAAACAAAACAACUCUCUGUACACGCAUACGCGUUCUACAUUGCAUAUUAUGUCCGGUGGCUCAUUAAUAACGUUAAAGGAAGAAGAUGGAGGUGCAGCUGCCAACAAUAGCAUGCAACAUCAAUCAAAUACGCAUCAGCAGCAGAAUGUUAGUGCAAACAACGGAGCAUCGGCUCCCACAGAGGGAAGGCAGACGAGCAGUUCGAGCAGUGGUGCCGGAUCGGCUCCAGCUGAAGGGAGUCGUCAAAACAGUUUACAGCGCAUACAACAACGUAAACAAAAAGUUUUCAACUUGCCUGUUGGACAAAAGCUAGCAAAGCUUUCCAUGUACUCUGCCUGUCAGAGCGAAGGAUGUCGAUGCACUGGCUGGAAGACACCACAAGAAAAUCGCCACCGGGAUGUAGAGUCCUUGUAUUGCCCAGAAUUCAAUGAAGAAUGUCGCAACACGAGUUGCCGUCAUUCUUUGCAAAGCCAUAUUGCUCAUUUGGAUGGUAUUUCCGGAGCGGAAAUGAAUAAUCUGUUGGGAGCUAUAAUUGAUAUGGAAAAUCUAUUCAUGUCCAUGCAGCGCGUAGAUGACGAGGACACCAAAAAGGUCUAUUUGUAUCUGUUUCGUUUACUACGCCAGUGUGUUAUAACGAGACAACAAGCGGUUAUCCGAGGCCCCCUAGGAGAUCCACCAUUCGAGUCACCCUGCAUUGCAAAGGCCGUUUAUUCAUUUGUCUUUUAUAAAUAUAACCAUUUGAGUCCAUAUGAAUUGCAGACCAUGACGGAGGUAGCCAAAACAUUUCUGAACUUUCUUAAUCACUAUAAUUUUGAACCACCAUCUAUGAGAAGGGCUGACUUGAAGAACGAUGAUGCUUCAACGUACAAAAUUAAUUACACCCGUUGGUUGGUGUUCUGCCACGUUCCCGCCUUUUGCAAUUCCCUGCGCCAUUUUGAAACGUCUUUGGUAUUCGGAAGAACCUUGCUCAGGACAGUUUUCCAAUAUAUGGCUCAACAGCUCAAAAAGAAGUGUAUAUCGGAGAGAGAUCGUUUCCCAGCCGACAAAAGAUCUAUAAUUACUCAAAUGCCAAAAUUUCUGGAAGCGCUUAAAGGCGAACUCCUUAAAGAUGACUCCCCCAUAUGGGACCAAUCGUAUCGGCCGCCCACAGCAUUUCUUCUGCAACAACGUAAACGACAACAGGAUACUGCUGGGACAGCAGCAGGCAUUGUUGGCGUAACCGCUCCCAAAAAAGUAGGAAGUGGGGAGCCUGCUCACAAAAGGGUUAAAAAAGAGAUUAGUGAGCGUUCUUGUGGAGAAACGAGCUACGAAGAUCUCUCGGAUGAAACAGUCAUAAGGGCCAUGAAAGCGGUUUCCGAAUCAAAGGCCAUUAAUAAAAACGAAAUACUUUUCCCAGUAAAUGUAUCGCGCGAUGAAAACGUUAAAGCUGAGGAACAAAAGCGAGCAAUUGAAUUUCAUGUGGUGGGCAAUUCUUUGACGAAAGCUGUCGACAAGCAGACCAUUUUAUGGCUAUUGGGUUUACAGAGUGUUUUUUCCCAUCAACUGCCAGAGAUGCCACGCGAAUACAUAUCACAACUUGUUUUCGAUACAAAGCACAAGACCCUCGCACUGAUCAAAGAGAAUAUGCCUAUCGGUGGCAUAUGCUUCAGGCCAUUUGCAAGUCAAGGCUUUACGGAAAUUGUGUUUUGUGCCGUUACUAUGUCGGAGCAAGUCAAGGGUUAUGGUACACACUUGAUGAACCAUCUGAAAGAUUAUAGUAUCCAAAAGGGUAUUCUGCAUUUACUGACUUAUGCCGAUUGUGAUGCAAUUGGAUACUUCAAAAAGCAAGGGUUUUCCAAGGAUAUAAAAUUGGCUCGGCCAGUAUAUGCAGGAUACAUUAAAGAAUAUGAUGGUGCCACUUUGAUGCAUUGCGAAUUACAUCCUAGUAUUGUUAACACGCAAUUUAUAUCAGUUAUUAGACGACAAAGUGAAAUUUUGAAGGAGCUCAUUGCUCAGCGUCACAAUGAUGUUCAAAAAGUACGACCCGGGUUAACCUGCUUUAAAGAGGGAUUGCCUUCAAUACCUGUGGAAUCUAUACCCGGAUUACGGGAAAUUGGUUGGAAACCUCAAAUGCGCGCCCAUAGAGCAGGGCGUCCAUUGGAGGAAUCAUCUGACCCGGAAAAGUUGGCUGCCUCAUUUGCCGCUGUCCUACAAUCGGUUCGUCACCAUGCUUCGGCCUGGCCCUUCUUAAAACCUGUAACUGCUGCCGAAGUCCCCGAUUAUUAUGACCACAUAAAAUAUCCUAUGGACCUCAAGACCAUGGGAGAACGUCUGAAGAAAGGAUACUAUGUCACACGACGUCUAUUUAUGGCAGAUAUGGCCCGCAUAUUUACUAAUUGUCGCUUUUACAAUUCACCAGAAACGGAAUACUAUCGUUGUGCUAACAAUCUCGAACGUUACUUUCAGACCAAAAUGCGUGAAUUAGGUUUGUGGGAUAAAUGAUGUCGCGCUUUGUUGUCGACUAACUUUGAUCCACCACCCAAUGAAAAACAUGGCGAAGAUGAUGCGGACGGCAGAGCUUAUGAAAUAUCUGAUGACAAUGAUGACGACAAGAAAACGCCCAAGGAUGAACGAAACGUAACGAAUGUUACAGCAAACUCUAGUAUUACAAAUUCGUCUCAAAAUACUCUGUUCAAUACAUCGUUUGAGAAUACAUUUUUAAGCGGCAAUUUGGGAGUAUUUUCUUCGCUCCCCGAAGAUAUAUUUAAAAAUUAAACUAAUAUGCGUAUAUAACAUUA